AUGCCUCGUUCGUAUUCAAGAUCACCAUCGCCAUGGCAAGAAGAUAGGAGGCGAAGCAGAUCCCCGCGACGGAGAGACGACGGAGACGGAGACGGAGAUCGAGAUAGGCCUAGGCGUCGCGAAGGCGGAUUUCGCUGGAAGCAAAAGCGUCGGACAGAUGAUGACAGGCGGGUAGACGAGCAAAGGGGUUUAGAACGGGGAUACAGAGACACAGAAAGGGGAAAUGAAAGAGAGAGAGAAAGAGAAGGAGGAGGAGACCGCACCAGAUCACCUACUCGAGGUGGCAGACGGGAUAGAAACAGAGAUUUCGACCCGGACGGGGACAGGAGAAGAUAUGACGGUAACAACAGCUACAGGGAUAGUAGAUACAGGGCAACUGAUACUACUACUGCACCAGCGAGUAGUACUGGCGACAGACGCGAGGAACAGGAUGGAAAGGGAAAGAAGAGGGAGAAAAGGGAGAAAGACAAGAAGGCUGCAGCUGUUUCGGCGCCGACGGAACCUAUGAUAAUUGUCAACGUGAAUGACAGAUUGGGCACGAAAGCAGCUAUUCCGUGUCUUGCAUCAGAUCCAAUCCGACUGUUUAAAGCUCAGGUUGCCGCACGCAUCGGACGAGAACCCCAUGAAAUCCUCCUUAAAAGACAAGGCGAAAGACCCUUCAAGGAUCAGCUUACAUUGGAGGACUACGGGGUCGGCAACGGGGUGCAGCUUGACUUGGAAGUGGACACGGGAGAUUAG